GGGGGACAGAGAAGGGGAGGAGGCUCAGAGGAGGAAAGAGGGCUGGGGAGCCAAGCCAGAGCCGGGCUGCCUGCCACCCGGCUGCACGUUUGUGAGCUGAGGAGUGCACCGCCAGCCACUGACAAAGGAUGGGAGGAUGCCGCUGCCCUGGGAUGCUGGCUGCGCGCAGCCUGCCGGCUGCCUGAGCUACUUUACCCUCCCCCGGAAAUGUACCCAGAAAGAGUUGUGAGGGCUUGUUUUCUGCUGACCUACUGUGACUAAGCAAGACACUGCCAUAUUUUAAUGAAAAGUCCCCAGGGCGAUCUGCAAGUCGAUCAAGUAACAUAUCAAAAGCAAGCAGCCCAACGACAGCUCCCAGGAGCCAGUCAAGAUUGUCUGUCUGUCCAUCUACUCAGGACAUCUGCAGGUAAGCCCUGGGCAAAUUAUUCUAUUCGAUAUUUCUUAGACCAGUAUUUUGUACUUUUGUUUCAUGACCUGAGAAUCUAUGGCUCCUGCUUCUGCUAUAUGUUGUCCAUGGAUGUAAACACACACACACACACACAUUAGUUUUUCUUUAGUUUAUCUUUACCAACUCUGGUCAUACUGUCAUGUUCACCAUUCUCUUUCUUUCUCUCUUUGUUUUCCCAUGACUUUCCUUUCCAUUCCCACUUCCCAUCCUUUGCCUGUUGCCUGUAUAGAUCUUCCAUCUUGCAUGACAUGUCAGAAGAUGCAUUUGAGCACUCCACCCCUGUUGUGGUGCUGAGCCAUUCUAAAAAAGUGUCUGGUAAGAAACCAGUAAGACAGAAUCCUAGGAGGAGGAGAAGGGUCUCUCAGAGAUAUGAACAUGCAGAAGAGCAAGCCAAGGAGAAAAGAAAUGACUUUCGCCUCCAGAUCUCAAGUCCCAGGUGGAGAGAACUUGAUAUGGAGUCUUCAGAUUCAUCUUCCACAGAUGAAAGUCACUGGGUUCAGGCAAAAAGACAAGCCCAGGUUAAAUUCAGACUGUCUCGGCGAAGGAGAAAUAAUAAUAAGCCAUGUGGAAGCUUGGCUGGGUCUUCUACUCCUGACAGAAUUGAACUUGUCGAUCUAGGAUCUAAAGGUGAAAAGCACCAGGAGCUGACAGACUGUGGGAGUCACUCUUUAAACAUCUGUAGAGGAAAAGUCAGAAGGUACCAAGAAUGCAGUCAUCUACCACCAAAGGGGUCCUUGGUGGAGAAGAUACCCGCAGGGAGCCACUCAGGGAGAAAAGGCAAAAACUGUCCCAGAGAUCCUCAGCUCUUGCAUACACUUAGUCAAAAAGAAACAAUCAAGAAAAGAUUUUCAGAAACUGAUUUCAAUACUGACAUCCCGGCAGCUGCAGAAAGGGGAGAGUGUGUGGAUGACACAGGGCUCCAGCUGAAUACCUCUACCCAGAAGCCUCCUGCUCCCUAUGAUGAUGGCUCUGAUAAUUUUGAAGUAUGCAGGAUCUGUCACUGUGAAGGAGAUGAAGAGAGUCCGCUCAUCACACCCUGUCGCUGCACAGGAACCUUGCGCUUUGUCCACCAGUCCUGUCUCCACCAGUGGAUCAAGAGCUCAGACACACGAUGCUGUGAGCUCUGCAAAUAUGACUUCAUAAUGGAGACCAAGCUCAAGCCGCUUCGGAAGUGGGAAAAGCUCCAGAUGACAACAAGCGAAAGGAGGAAAAUAUUCUGCUCUGUCACAUUCCACGUCAUCGCUGUCACCUGUGUGGUGUGGUCCUUGUAUGUGUUGAUAGAUCGGACGGCGGAGGAAAUCAAGCAAGGUAACGAUAAUGGUGUGCUGGAAUGGCCAUUUUGGACAAAACUGGUUGUGGUGGCUAUUGGCUUCACGGGAGGUCUCGUCUUCAUGUACGUACAGUGUAAAGUGUACGUCCAACUGUGGCGCCGGCUGAAGGCCUACAACCGUGUGAUCUUUGUGCAGAAUUGCCCAGACACUGCCAACAAACUGGAGAAGAACUUCCCGUGUAAUGCAAACACAGAAAUCAAGGAUGCUGUGGUUGUGCCUGUGCCACAGACAGGUUCAAAUACACUGCCAACUGCAGAGGGAGCCCCGCCUGAGGUUAUACCAGUCUGAUGAACUAGCUGGGGACCUUCUUCUCAGAAGGAUCUUUGUAGCCCCCAGCCACUACAAACAGAAGUGCUUCUGCUCUGGUGGCUUCUCUGUCUUCUCCUUUCCCCUACUGACUUGUUUGUCCUGACUUGGAGCAAAGAAGGAAAUGAGAAGAAAAUAACAAAUGACCAGGAUCUUAAGAAGCAGAGCCUGCAGUGGGACCUGGAAAGACAGAGUGUCUUGGGGAAUGAGUUCAUAAGGAAUGGUUGGUAUAAGCCAGUCUUCCAGAGUGAUGGACUUGUGAUCCUCCUUCGAGUAGUGCAGAGGAAAUCCCUGAACAGACUUCAAUUGCAAUGUAUGCUUCUUUGUAGGGUUCUGUAAUGUUAGCCUUCUCCACUGGAAAUCACACACACACACACACACACACACACACACACACACACACACACACACAAAAUCUGGUCUUAAGGCUGAAAUUGUGUGCAUUAUCCCUAAGUCAUAUCAGAAGCAAACUUGGAGGACUUGAGAGGGUUUUUUUAUACUUUGACAGCUGAUUUUUCUGGUUAUUGUGAAGUCUGGUUAUUUUGACAGAUGCAUGUUUUUAAAUGAAUGCAAUACACAUUUGAAGAUAGAAAUGUUUGAAAUUUUGUUUAAAUGAUGAAGAAGAGAUUUUCAGAGCAUUGUGGAGUUUAGCUAGCACUGUUUUUUGAGCAACUAUCAUGCCAUGUUUUUGUUUUUUUUUUUCUGGUCCCUCUUACACACUGCUCAACAACAGACAUAUAACAUGAGCUACAAAUACAACCACAGUUGUAAAUUUUAAAUCUCCUGGUGUGCCCCACUAGGAAAAGUAAAAAGAAAUAGGUCAAUUGAUUUUCACAAUUUAGUUAAUACUAUAUAUAUGUAUAUAUGUAUACAUAUAUAUAUAUACACACACUCACACAAGUUAUUUCAUGUCAUCAAAGGAAACAAUUAUAAAAUAGCUUUCAUUACUUUCUUGAACCAAGUCUUCAAAAUUCUGCAUGUAUUUAUGGCACACCUCAAUAUGAAUGAAGUGUAUUAGACAGGAUUUAAUUAAGAAUAUUGGUUAGCAGAGCCCUUGCAUUAGAAACUACAUCUGUUUCAUUUAAGUUGAUUAUUUUAAAACUGCAGUUUAAUCCAUUAUUCUGUGUUGCAGUUUCAUUUAAAGGUUACAAUUUACAAAGCACUAAACUCAUCAAAUUAAGUAUUCUGGCUUGAUUUCAACCAAGUUUCAAACGGGCAAAAAACCCAAAAGUAUAGGAAGUCAGUAAAAUGUGUAGCAAUGUUAUGAAGUCAACUUCUGUAAAGAAGCUAUAAAGUAAUUAUGACAGGGAAAUAAAAAUGUAUUUUGCUACUAAAUCAGGUGUGUUAAGGUUUUUAAAUCCACAUGGAGGGUCAAUGUGACAUGGGUAUCUUAAUUAAGGAUCUUAACCCCAUGUUUAAACCUGACAGUAUUUCCCUCACUCAGCUCAAAAGUAAAAACAUUCAGUACAUUCCAUGGUGAGAGAUAAGCUAGGCUGUCGGUUCAAUAGCUGAUUACUGUGCUCUACACAGAUUCAAAUAAACUGAUAUGAAUGAUAACUGCAGUGAGCUGGGUAAAAUACUCACAAAUAUAGUUACCUGUCAAAAAAAGACGAUCACUUUUUUUUUUAAAGUAACUUUUGUUGUUGUUGGUAGCUGCCAUUAUUUAUUAUCCUGAAAAGGCAGAGAUGGCCAUAAAAGCCAAAGCAUGGGCAUCACGUUGCACAAAUCUGGGUUCCAUAUCCAUGCACUUUGUAAUAAUCAGUGUUUGUUCUUCGUGGAUGAUAAAGGAAAAGGAAAAACAAAAGGAUCUUUCAAUGAGAAGAGUAUUUGUAGUGACUGACAUGGAUCCAAACAGUCCCACCCUUAGAAAUAAAGACAGAGUAAACAAUGUCAAUUGUGUGCGUGAUGUGUAUAUUCAUGUAUAUAUGCAAGAAAAAUGUCAAGGAACAAAAGACUAAAUACUCAUCUUUCUUAACACUCAUAGGAGGGACAUGGAUUAAAUAUACACUGACAAAGCAAUGAACAUAACUGAUCUGGACCAGGCCUUCAGCACAAAUAAUCGAAUUUCGUAUUAACCUCCUGCAAAGUUCCCGUUUUAAAUAUUUAAAAAGAAUAGGAACAGCAAAGGAAGGACAGGUGGAUUGCCCGUGACUUCCCACAAAGGGGUUAACCAUCAUUCAGUUUUUCUGUAUAAUUCUCCUUAGUCUUCCCAUGAUGACAGUGUGUUAUCCACCAAUACUGCACGAGAAGAGGUCUACCUCUUCUUCCAAGUGCAAACCGAACUUGAUUUACCUUUUUACAACAGGAGGAGAUGAAUUAUAGACCUUCAUUACCACAGAAAACGCUGUUUACAACCAAGACGGCUAUUUGAAUAGCUUGUUUCAUAGAGGAAGGCAGUUGGCUACACCUUAUUUUUCAAGUAUACCAGCACUAAAAUAAACAGAACAAAAAGCAGGGACAAGCUUUGCUAUAUCAUUAAGAAAAGAGAGCAUGCUGUUUUAAAGUGAUAGCUAAACGCUAAAAGUUAACUACCAUAAGCUUUGUCUUUAAAUGAGUAUAUGAUAGAACUCUGAACAGUGUAUGUACCACUCAGUGGUUAUUCUGAUAUCUUUUGAUGCUUUAAAACCCACAAUUUUUUUUUCCUCUAAACUAUUACCUGGAACUACUAUUUAUGAUUCAAUCUGCCCUAACCAUUCAUAUAUAUGUAUAUAUAUAUAUGCAUACAUCUAUAACAGUGGUGUUGGAGCUGGGCAUGGUAGGUACACACCUGGAAUCCCACCACUUGGGAAGCUUAGGACUUCAGGGUUAUUCUCUACUACAUAAUGAAUCCCAAAUAAAGGCCAGCCUAGGCUGCAGGAGACCUUUCUCCAAAAGUAAAACGAACAAACAAAAAAGGUUAAAAACUCAAUGAAUAAAGCCAGUAUUGAAAACAUCUUUUCACAUCGUGUGGUAAUGGUAUUUUCCCUUAAUAACAAUGAAAAGGUUUGGCUUUGAUGACCUGACUUAAUGCUCAAGGAGAAAAACCAGCUUGACAGAAUGACAUUAUCUUGAAGUAUGUUUACCUGCUCUCAUGUAAAAAAGUAAGUGAAAUUGAAACAAAAUUAUCACUGAGUUUAAAUUGUUAAAACUGGACUUUUAUAAACACGGCAUGAAACCAUUCUAUGAGAAAUGCCAUAAACCAGACUUUGAAAAUGCUUUCUAUCAAGAGCUGACAUUGUCACUAGGUGUAAUUAUUCAAUUAGAAAUGAAUUAAAUUAAAACAUUUAAGGUGAAGCCGAGGGAUGGAAGAGGUACACUAGUGGUUAGACACUUUCUGCUCUCAGAGGCUCCUGCUUGGGCUCUCAGCAUCCACAAAACAGCUCACAACCACCUGUGGCUCCAACUUGACCUCUUCUGGUCUCUGUGGUCUCUAGUCACACAGACACUUGUGUGUGUGUGUGCGCGCACACACACACACACACACACACACACACACGAGAGAGAGAGAGAGAGAGAGAGAGAGAGAGAGAAACUUUAAAAAGUGACCCAAAGCAUGUAAAUGUAAGUAUAAAACAGUAAUAAACCCUACAAAAAUACAGAAAAAAAAUCCUAAGAGUCCCAACUACCCAGGAUAUUACAAUGCAGACAUCAAUCUUUCUCAGAAUGCCCUAGGAUCAAAACUUCAUUUAGAGGAGCUGCUGCUGCUAUUGGUGAUAUCCCACAAAAGAACCCUCAUCCUCAUUCACAUCUACUAUUUUUCUUUUGUGAGGACUUGGGUAACCUCCAUUUGUUCUUCAGCUAAAAACUGAGGUAAUUAAUACGACAUCAUUAAGAGAAAUCAAUCACAAAGGUGGGGGGAGGGAGGCAAUUCAUUCUAUCUGUCAGAUAUAAUUUACCUUGCCUUACCAAUGGAUGUUUUGGAGCAAAUAUUAAGUGUAGAAGCUAAAACCUAAUAUCAUUAUUGUAACUGGUCCUUCCAUCAGCCCAAUGGUGCUAUUUUACAAAACAAUCAAACUAAAAGGAAGCUGUUCAGUUGGGCUGCAGUGUUUCCCCCAUAUUUGAAGAAGGCCCAUGUUGAAAUUAGAUAUAACAUUCAAACAAAGAAGAAAAUAUUAACUGUGUAAUUUUUGAGAUUGGGCAUUUGUACAUUUUUAGUUUUACCUAAUUGUCUUUCAUUAACAAUUUACUGUUGUGAGUAAUGUGUGCUCAACAAACUAAGGAAACUCAUUAUCUGUGAGAGACUUUGUAUAUUAAACAGAUGCUCCAAAUCUUGACUGUAGUUUCUCUGUUUUCUAGUGUACUGGGACUCCUAGGGUUGUACUGACAGCAUUGGAAACCCUUGAAUUUUUAAUUUAAGAUUUGAUAAUGGUCUAAGUUUUUAACUAGAAUCUGAACAUACUUAUGUCAAAACUAUAGUGACCAAUGUUGUGUUAUUACUGGAAAUUUUGGGGACUCCACCUAUGGCAUCACAUUACUGGGGAAACUGGGAACCCUUUUCAGGGUUCUUAGUCUUGUCAAUAAAAUAAUUUGAAAUC